CUUUUGCUUGCCGCACCUCUCCUCUCACUUUUUUACAUGAACUUUUUACGUUGCCUGGGUUGAUAAUUGAAUUUACUGGUCUUUUGAGUUUGUCUGCAAGCGAGAAACCUGCCCUGGCUGAGCCGAUCGCUAAAUCACGCCCCCCCAAAAAGUCGAUACAUCAGAUACUUGGACACGCUGGAUCCACCCCGACCAGACUCUCAAUACACCCAAUCUCGAGUCCUCCUGGAUCAGUCCGGUCUGGCAUCCAAUCUGUCUGCAAUCAAGAUACCCGAGACCUCCAAAACUACCUGUGAUAUUUGUCCCAGUCUCGACAGCUUUUGCACCCGACGGCCACCUUGUUGCCCGGGAUCAACUCCCCUUGGCUCACUGCGCCAGCCCUCUCUGCCCGACCGUCUGGGUCCGGAUUUUGACAGUUGGGAAACUCAAAUAGUCGACACGCGCGACCACUCCUUUCUUGAUCCCGCAUUCCUCCCUUGACAACCCUAUAAUUCUCUUACAAAGAGAAAUCGCCUCCGUCAGUCAGAGACAUCCCCUUGUACAACGUGCGUGGUGACUGUUGCGGUUCCCUGGUGCAGUCUGGUACCAUCUCACUCAUCACUCGACGUCGUUUUGAACACAGAUUUCCACCAUGACUUCAACACAGUCAACGACACCCUGCGACAUGGGUCGUGGCGCCUAUGACACCACAGGCGUGCCCAAGCCCAAGCCACCACCGAAACCCCGUCAUCAUUGAUCCUCCUCUCGGUUCCAACAACAAGCCCCGAGCACAAGCGGAGACGGGUGAUGGACCUACCUGUGGUCCGCUCAUGACAUGGGUUGCUGACCAUGUCGAGUCGGGCAACAACGGCUCUGACAGCACAGCCGUGCAUUCAGUCAGCACGACUCGCCUGUGCUGCUGACCAACAUUGUUCCAACAGCGCAAACAACAAGAUUGCAAUCUCCUACGUGCGUUUCUUUCGAAUUACCCUGUACAAAUACUUCGCUUCAAGAUUUGAGCGUUCUCGGCGACACAUUAAUCGUGUUAUUACCACCCUUGUUGCAUGUACGGCGCACCAUGAAUCUUUUCAGGGAUCAUUUCCAACCACACGACCUUUCUUGUACAACCACUUUUCAACAAACACAUCUUUUAUGGUGCCGCAAAAGUCGAUUUAGGGUUCGGCGUUUCAACUAGACUCGAGGGGACAUCUGGGUUGGGGUUCGGGAAUGGAAAAAGAGCGAUCUGGUACGAGGGUUCAUUGGACAUGCAAUAGAUUUUUCCACGACUCGGGUCAUCACAUUUUCUGGUUCAUGCUUUUCUGGGCGCGCCGGGCUGUGGCAGUGCCUUUGCCCAUGGUCGGGUGGGUCUGGACGAAGCAAUCAAGGGCAUCGUCAAGAGGCGGAGCUCUUCACUCGUCGACUCAAUAGAGCGGGCGCAGACUGUCAUGUCUGCCUGAAGGACGGAUGCCUGAGUGGACGGCUGGUCUGCCGUGGGACUGAAGACUCACGAUAGACGACGCACUGAAAGCAGUGAUUCAUCCUAGUUGCACCUAGUCUGUAUGAGAUUAAUAUGAUGAAAAGAGUAAAAAAAC